UCCAGAUUUAGACCCUGCAGCCUUUCCCAGACUGUCGAGGGCCCAGUUGGUUGAAUCGCCAACUUCUUCUUCACCACGUCUGGUCCAACACGGAGACCCGCUAACCUUCCGGAUGUGCCCCGAGGACUGCGGAUUGAGGUAGUUGAUGUGGUUGCAGACCUGCUGCAGCACCUACACACACAUGGAGCCUCAUGCAGAGGUGCCGUUAUUUGAGAUGGAGCUGGACGAGGACGAGAGAGGCGACGUCUUACUGGCGACUGGAGUCGGGGCCACGCGUGCGGCGGCGGCGGCGGCCCCCGAGCGGGACGCCUUCAUCUACAUGAACUUCAUGAAGCAUCACAGCUGCUACGACGCCAUCCCCACCAGCUCCAAGCUGGUGAUCUUUGACACGUCACUGCAGGUAAAGAAGGCUUUCUUUGCCCUGGUGGCCAACGGCGUGAGAGCCGCACCGCUAUGGGACAGCAAGCGCAAGUGUUUUGUCGGCAUGCUGACCAUCACAGACUUCAUCAACAUUCUCCAUCGUUAUUACAAGUCUCCUCUGGUUCAGAUCUACGAGCUGGAGGAACACAAGAUCGAGACGUGGCGAGAGAUCUAUCUCCAGUACUCCACCAACAGCCUCAUCAGCAUCGCCCCUGAAGCCAGUCUGUUCGAUGCCAUCUACUCGCUACUGAAGAACAAGAUACACAGACUGCCCGUCAUCGACCCGGCGUCGGGAAACGUCCUCCACAUCCUGACACACAAACGCAUCCUCAAGUUCCUCCACAUAUUUGGUUCCUCGAUUCCCAAGCCAUGGUUCCUGCAGAAGCAGAUCUGUCAGCUGGCCAUCGGGACCUUUAAAGACAUCGCAACAGUGCCAGAAUCGGCGUCGGUCUAUGACGCUCUGAGCAUCUUUGUGGAGCGACGAGUGUCCGCCCUGCCUGUGGUCAACGAGCAAGGUAAAGUGGUGGCGCUGUACUCCAGGUUUGACGUCAUUAACCUGGCAGCCCAGAAAAACUACAACAACUUGAACAUGACCAUGAAGGAGGCCAUCUCCUGCAGAGCCUGCUGCAUGGAGGGCGUGCUCAAGUGUUACCCUCACGAAACCUUGGAGACCAUCAUCCACCGCAUCGCCAAGGCUGAGGUGCAUCGUUUGGUGCUGGUAGACACGGAGGAUGUGGUGAGGGGGAUCGUGUCUCUAUCAGACCUCCUCCAGGCGCUGGUCCUCACCCCCGCAGGUAUUGACGCACUGUGCAGCUAACGCCACCGCCUCCAUAUGUCGCCUUGCUUUCUCUCUCAGUCCCCGGGAUGUGUGGCCGGCCCUCUCCUCGUCUGGCUUCCGAUCAUCUCCUCCUUCGCACUUGUUUUCAUUCCCAAAUACUAGCAGGCCCGCAGCAGCAAGAGACUAUUUUCAAAAGACCCCCACGCUAGUGGCUCCAUGUGUGCCUAAUCCUUCAGAAAAAAAAGUCCACAUUGUACUCCCCUUCCAAACGUCCUCUGGCUCCCUCACAGUGUCACGCCUCCUCCACCCCUCACCUGGCCAGGUAAGAGUUGUGUGUCAAUCAUGUCAAAGUUGGAUGUUGAGUUGAGACACAAACAAGGUAGCUCUUUUCAAGAAUUUUUGCCAAUCAUCCACAAUCCUAACACACGUCUUUCCCUUUUUUGUUCGUUCUAAAUAGCAAAAAACUGCUAGCACCGGGCGGCUAAAAUGCAGGCAAUGGGAAGUCAUCGACUCGGCUCUAAAAUUAAAUAAAUAAUCAAUUUACAUGCCGUGACUUGCUUAUUAAUAACCAAGCUAUAGUGACAUUAUUAUAUGAGCUAACACAGAGGAACUACUUUUUUGGCGUAGUGACACACCUGCUCCCCUGCUUGAGCUUCUGAGUCUUUUGAGUUUGGAAAAAAAUGGAUGCUCGUUUUUGUAAUCGAGAUGUGACAUUCGUGAAUGAAUCAAGUCUUUUGACUGGCUCUUUUAAGUGAGCAAUGAGAACCGAUUCCCAGUUGUAAACCGUCGGUUUGAGAGCCGUUUUGCAAAUUUUCUGUUGGCAAUUGCCUGCUCUGCAUGUGCGCGCCGCCGACUGGUAACUGGACUGAAAAAAAUGAGUGAGAGGUAAAGGAAAUUUAACAGAUUUGGAUUAACUUUUUUUUAAAUAAGAAGAAAUAUAUAAUUUUACAUAUAAA